GCAACCAAGACUCCCACACCAGUCUUGCCCAAGACCGCCGUGGCGGCAAAGGCCACCACUACCAAGGCGCCGCCCCGAGCAGCCUCGAGGUCCACAACGGGCGCUGCCAAUAAUAAGGCGCCUCGCUUGGUCUCCACUACACCCGUGGGUCCUCCCAGUGUGAGCCCCAAUGCGGCCACGUCUCCCACGUCGUCUCCCAAGCCAACCGUGUAUCCUCGACCCACCACCAAUAGCACCAAGGGUGCUGCUGCUGCCUACACGUAUCCACCACCACCUCCGUACAGCGGUCAAGCUGCCUCCAAGAACGGUACAGCGUCUAGCAGCUAUAGUAGCUAUUACCACCACUACCACCAUCAUCACGCUGCCGCUGCGGCUGCUGCUUCCGGAUCUCCCAAUAACAGCAACAAGGGAAACACUACCAAGGACGGACGGUACACAUAUCCACCGUAUCAUCAUCCUCAUCACCCGCAUCAUCCUGCUCAUCACCCACACCAUCCAGGACACAAGGGAGCUUCUGGAUACAGCUAUCCUCCAGCGGCGCAUCCUGGUGCCAAGGGGUAUCCCGCGACGACUCGCCCCGCCACCACGGCCAUUGCUCCCAAGACAAAUUCCACUACUACUACUACUACGGCUCCUACUUCUAGCAGCAGACCCGCCGCCAUUGCCCCCGCACCGACGGCCAACAACUCGACUACUACUAGCCAGUCCGCCGUCACGUAUGUCCGGGCUGCUCCCAAGAGUAAUACUCCCGUGGUGGUGUUGCCACCCAAAAAUACAACGGCGGUAUCUCCCAAUGCGGCUGUGGUUCCUGCCAAGACGACGCCAUCCUCUGUCUCUCCCAAUGCGGCCGUGGUUCCUGCCAAGAGUACAGUGGUGCCAACAGCAUCAGUUUCACCAAACGCAGCAGUUGUUCCCGCAAAGAGCACUGCGGUUCCCCACCAAAAGACAGCAGUUGUUCCUGCAUCUGCAGUUCCUGUAAAGACGACUGCGGUUCCCCAACAAAAGACAGCAGUUGUUCCUGCAACGGCUCGUUCCCCGAACGCGGCAGUGGCGCCCGCGAAAAUUGCUGUGGUGCCUACAGCAUCGGUUCCACCAAAGGCGGCAGUUGUUCCGCCAAAGAUUGCCGUGGUUCCAAAGGCAGCAGUGGUUCCGCCAAAGACGACCGUCGUUCGUGCUACGACGGCUUCGCCCAAUGUCACUGUGAUUCCGGCAAAGAGUACAGCUGUUCCAUCCAAUAUGGCACAGAAUACGACGGUCUUGAAGUGCCCAGUAAUGCCUCCAAAAGUGACACCCACGGGAAGUCCUACCAGUCAGAAAGUGGCGGUAGCACAAAGAGUCGCUGUGCAUCCUGCGCCUCCAAAGAUGACUCCAAAUGUGAGCUAUGCACCUGCUACAGCAGUCCACAAGAAUAUUUCUACCGUGCCACCAAAGGUCAUCCAACCAACCGUGAUGGUUCCCAAGUACCCGCCAAAAGUCACCCCCACUGGCAGUCCUAGAUACCACGCUCCACCCACCACAACGGCGCAGCAGAGUACAGCAGUAGUUCGUGGCGCCGCUACUGCAGUAGUAAAAAUUUCCCCGCCCAGCAGCAAUGGCCAAGCAGCGACUGUGCCAAAAAUCACACCAAAGGUUAUUCCAUCAAACCCAGUGAUUCCGCCCAAGGCAGCUACCACCACGAGCCAAAAUGCUACAACCACAGCACAGCCGCCACGACCAGGCGUUUCCACUAAUUCUGCCGCAGCCCCCAAGGUUGUUUCCGCCGGAAAUUCCGCCAACUCUACCCCAAACCAGCCGGAAAUUAGCGCGGUUUCUACCAAAUCUACGACGGAAAAUUCUCCCAAAAUUUCUGCGCCGGUUGCUCCCCAGAAGCCGGUUUCUGCGACCCCCAGCGCUACUCCUAAGGCACACCCAACAACCGCACCGCAAGUCGUAGUUCCCCUCAAGACAUCCACAGGUGCUACCAGCGCUGUUGCUACUGCUGUAGCUGUGAAAGUUACUCCGGUCAGCAGCCCUCGCCACCCACCAAAACAUGCUACAAUCCGGGGCCAUCCUUCUACUAGCACAACAGUGCCGCAGUAA